AUGGGAGCUAGCCAGGCGAAAUGGACAGCCAACAGCAUGAUUGCUGGCGCCGGGGGUGGGCUAAUAGCUAGCAUCGCAACCUGCCCUUUGGACGUAGUCAAGACGAAAUUACAGGCGCAGAGGGCAGUUCCGGGACAGCCGAGUUAUCAGGGGAUUGGAGGGACGGUUAGAACGAUCCUCACAGACCAAGGUUUUCGGGGCUUGUACAGAGGUCUGGGACCCACUAUCCUCGGCUACCUCCCUACGUGGGCUAUAUAUUUUGCCGUUUACGAUGGGAUCAAGAAUAUUUUUGGGGAACCGCCGCCGGGGACUAGGGAGAGACUCUACCCCGCAGCACAAGUGAAGGGAUACCAGCCAGUAAUGCGCGAGCACCCCUGGUCACUCCACAUCUUGUCUGCGAUGACUGCUGGGGCGGCCAGUACAAUAUGUACGAAUCCAUUGUGGGUUAUCAAAACGCGAUUCAUGACUCAGCUGCCCGGAGACAUCAGAUAUCGACAUACCUUAGACGCAGCAAUCACAAUAUACCGAACAGAGGGACUCCGUGCUUUUUAUCGCGGUCUCGUCCCAAGUUUAUUAGGAAUCAUGCAUGUCGCAGUGCAAUUCCCUCUAUACGAGCAUUUGAAACUUUAUGCCCAGGCCGAUUCAGAAGCACCACUCACCAGCCAAACCAUCCUCAUGUGCUCCGCCAUAUCCAAGAUGACAGCAUCCAUCGCGACCUACCCCCACGAAGUCGUCCGCACGCGGCUGCAAACCCAACGGCGGCCCCUCGCAGACGACAUAUCCUCAGACGGCAUGAUCAAGCGACACGUACGCGGAGGUAUCAUAUAUACCACCGCCAAACUCAUUCGGAAAGAAGGCUGGACGGGGUUGUAUAAGGGGUUGUCGAUCAAUCUCCUACGCACAGUGCCUAAUAGCGCGGUGACCAUGCUAACGUACGAACUGCUCAUGAGACAGCUCAACGCGCGGACUCCUCGAUGA